GUUUCGCUGCCGUAAAGCAAAGUGGCUCCGCAAGGCAGAGACGUAGCGAUUGUGGCGGAAGAACGUGAGCCUUUGCAGGAUGUCGCGGGCAAAGACGGCCGUGGUACUGUGCAUGGAUGUCGGUUUUUCAGUGAGCAAUUCUGCUCCUGGAGAAGAGUCUCCUUUUGAACAAGCCAAGAAAGUGAUCACAAUGUUUGUGCAGCGACAGGUAUUUGCUGAGAGUAAAGAUGAAGUUUCCUUGGUUUUAUUUGGCACCGAGAAUACUUCCAACAGUCUUGCUAGUGGGGACCAGUACCAGCAUAUCACUGUGCACAGACACCUGAUGCUGCCGGAUUUUGACUUGUUGGAGGACAUACAAAACAUGACUCCACUUGGCUCUGAACAAGGUGACAUUCUUGAUGCUCUGAUUGUGUGCAUGGACUUGCUUCAGAAAGAAACAAUAGGGAAAAAAUAUGACAAACGGCACAUUGAGGUUUUCACUGACCUUGGUAGUCCCUUCAGUGAAGAUCAACUGGAUAUUAUCAUAGCUAACUUGAAGAAAACAGGGAUCUCGCUUCAAUUUUUUUUGCCAUUUCCAAUGAAUGGUGAAGACGGAGGCGGGGAUGCAUCCGCUGCCACGCAUGCAAGCAGAAACCAUACAUCUUUUCCAGGGAAGGGACUAAGUGAGCAGCAGAAGGAAGGGCUCCAGAUGGUAAAAAAACUUAUGUUUUCAUUAGACGAAGAAGGUCUGGAGGACAUUUACACUUUCAGGGAGAGUCUGGAGCGUCUUUCAGUGUUUAAGACGGUUGAACGGAGACCCAUGCCAUGGCCCUGCCAGCUUACAAUUGGUUCUAACUUGUCUAUCAGGAUUGUGGCCUACAAAGCAUUCACAGAGGAAAAAGUGAAAAAAUCCUGGAUUGUUGUUGAUGCCAAGACUCAUAAAAAAGAGGAUAUACAGAAAGAAACAGUUUAUUGUUUGAAUGAUGAUGAUGAAACAGAAGUUCAGAAAGAAGAUGUUAUUCAAGGAUUCCGGUAUGGGAGUGACAUAAUUCCUUUCUCCAAAGUAGAUGAGGAACAGAUGAAGUACAAGACUGAUGGGAAAUGUUUUGCUGUCUUGGGAUUCUGCCGAUCUUCCCUGAUCCAGACAUAUCGAUAUAUGGGGAACCAAGUCCUGAAAGUCUUUGCAGCAAAGGAUGAUGAGGUGGCUGCAGUUGCUCUUUCGGCCCUGAUUCAUGCUUUAAAUGAGUUGGACAUGGUGGCCAUAGUACGGUAUGUUUAUAAUUGGAAAUCGCAGCCACAGGUUGGAGCAGCCUUUCCACUGAUUAAGAAUGAAUAUGAGUGUUUGGCAUAUGUACAGCUACCUUACAUGGAAGAUUUGAGGCACUACAUGUUUUCCUCCUUAAAAAAUAAUAAAAAGUACACCCCAACAGACGAUCAGCUGUGUGCAGUUGACUCCUUGAUUGAUUCUAUGUCUUUGGUUUGUGAAGAUGAGAGUGAAGGGACCAUUAAGGAUAUAUUUAAAACCAGCAAAUUCCCAAACCCUCUGUUUCAAAGGUUAUACCAGUGCCUACAACAUAAAGCUUUUCAUCCUGAUGCACCUCUGCCUCCCAUUGAAAAACACCUUUUAGACAUGUUGGAGGCUCCUCAGCAAGUGACAGCGAAAUGCCAGGCUCCCCUACAGAAAGUAAAAGCCCUUUUCCCCUUGAAGGAGGAAGGCAAAAUAAAAGAACAGAAGACGGCUCAGUUCAUCUUUAAAGACAAUAAUGAAGAUGGGCCUAAUGCUAAGAAGGCAAAAACAGAAGAUGAUGAAGCCAGUUUUAGGAUUGCAAGCCUCUCUGAAGGCAGUGUGACUACAGUUGGAAGUGUCAAUCCAGCAGAAAAUUUCAGAGUACUGGUGAGGAAGAAGAAUGCUGACUUCAAGGAAGUUAGUCAGCAGCUGAUAAAACACAUUUUCCAGUUUUUGGAAAAUAGAGGGCUUCUGUAUUAUAUGAAGAGCAUCAAUUGCAUGAAAGUUUUCAGAGAGGACGCUAUUAAGCUGUCAGAAGUGCAGUGCUUUAAUGAUUUUUUGGAGGCGUUGAAAAAAAAGGUGGAAGACAAAAACUUACCUGAUUUCUGGGAGAUUGUGAUACAAGAUGGAAUUUCACUGAUCACCAGUGAAGAAGCUGAAGGAAGCUCUCUAACAGCUGAAGAUGCCAAAAAGUUUUUGGCUCCGAAAGAAAAGCCAAUGGAAGUUUCACCAGUGGCAGAAGAGGGUGGUGAUGUUGAUGAUCUGCUGGACAUGAUUUAAAUGGUCGAGCAGUGUUUGACAACCACUACAUGUGAAGAUAGUGCUCAGCUCCAGAAAAGGCACCAGCUCCAAAGAAAUUGCUUGCAAGGUGUAAAUCUUGUUCAGCACAACGCUUGAUAAAAGUUGCCAAUGCAAGCGAUAAUAUUUUACUGACUCUAUUUUCCUUCACUGCCUGGAGAGGAUGUGGUAUCAGAGUGGAAUCUCAGUGGACUUUAUAUCUAGAAAUACGUAUGCAUUUUUAGUAUACUGCUGAAAUAUUAUGAGUUUGGAGCUAUUGUAAAUAUUAAAAACACUGAUUAAGAGUUUUGAACUCUAUUCUAAAGGUUGGUACUUGUAAACUGUAACCAAGUAAAGUCUUUAGCAUUA